CACUGGAUGGAGCUAGGUAGAGCGGUGGUGUAGUUCAAUCGUAUAAUAUAUAAAUUGCGAUAUAACAGUACGCUACAAUUUUAGUCACGUUAUACCUAUAUUUUUAAUACCAAGCAAGUGGAUUACAAGGUUCACUACUUGUGUUUGCGAGAUUAAGAGGCUCAGGCUUCACAUGGUUUAAGAUGAGUGAUUCAGAUCCAACUGGAGUUAUUAAGAUGAUCACAGAACUAUGUGCUGGUUCUGAAACAUAUAGAAGAAACAGUCGGAAGUCAUUUCGACUAUCAUCGACUGCUGUUACUCCGCACUCCAUUCUUAGUGACGACAAUGAUGACUGUAAUACUCCACCGAAACGUAUUAAAUUCGAUGACUCUUCCGACUCUCUGGUCAAUAAAACAGAAUGUGAUUCUAUGCCGAGUAGUCCAUGGGAAUGGAGACGCUUAAAAGGAGAGGUUGUUUCCUUGCGUACCAGACUGUCACAUCAGGAAGUAACAGUUCAGAAACUACACCAAGUUCGCAGACAGAUGGAAGAAGUAUUCGAUACGGAGAAAAAGAUAUUCGAGAUGCGAACCGAACAAGACAAGCAAACAAUUAAGCAAUUAGAAGUCCGUUUAGACAUGUCUAGGCAAACAGUGCAAGAAGCGAGAGAAGCACAGUUGGCUGCUGAGAAAGAGCUUAAUGAGAUCAAGGCGAAAUUAGAAUUAAAGAUUUCUUCACUUAUGAAUGAGAAUGCAAAAUUAAUGGAGGACUGUAGAACUACCAUCGCACAGAAUGCUGUCCCUGCUCCGAAGAAUCCAGCGAACGAGAUGUCCGACACAUUGCCAAAACUGGAAGCUGCGGAGGCUAGGAUCGAGGAGCUGGAACAAAAAUUAAGAGAAUCUAUGACAGUCCAACGAGACUUCGAAAUGCAGUCUGUCGAAUUGCAGAAUAUGAAAAUCAGGAUCGAGAAGCUCGAAUCGGAAAGAGCACUCUGGGAAGAGGGUAAACAAUUGGUAGCUAGAGCUGCUAAGGCAAGUGAUUACGAAAAAGAACUAAUAGCUGCCAAGGAAACAAUAGCUAACUUACGAGAGUCUGUAAAGGGGAAACUUUUACUCGAAGAGCAAGUGUCUACGAUGAAGUUAAGCCGCUUUAGACUGGCGCACACUGAGAUGAUGGAACAUCAAGUAACCAAAUUGGAAGUGAAAUGUUCGGAGCUUCAGCUUCGCCUUAAUGAGUACGAAUCGAUUGGUAUAGGUGGCGGGCCAACUGCCUUGAAAAAAGAAGUAAAUCGGUUGCAACAUGCCGAGGCGAUUUUAACUUUAGAAGAAGGCCAAUUAAGAUCCAAAGUGGAUGCUAUCCAGAGGGAAUGCCAGACGUUUAAAAAGAAUUAUGAAGAAGCCAAGAAAGUGGCAACGGAAAUGACUAUGUCGCGGGAAAAGUUGAAUAAAUUAGUUAGCAGGCUGCAAAAGAAGAUGAUGCUCAUUACUAGGGAACGAGACAGUUACAGACAACAACUAGAUAUGUAUGAAAAGGAAAUGACGACAGUUGCAGAAAGUAGCAAUGCUGUGACGGAGCGAAUUCCUGCAUUGGAACGUGUUAUUGAUGGCUAUCGAGAAUUAGUAACAAAGUUGGAAGCUGACUUAGAAGCUGCCGAUGAUGGCACUCAACGAGGCGAAUGCGACAGACUACGAGAAGAGAUUAAUCGGUUACGAGGUGAACUUGAGCACAGGGCACUGAAAGGUGAUUUCAACUGCAAUGCGAGGGUGCUUCAUUUUAAGAUGAAUCCAGCAGUAGUUGCCGAACAACAAGCCGAGGAGAAACGACGGGCUCUUCUUCAGGAGGUCGAGGAACUCCGUGCAAAAGUUGCUGCGGGAGAAAAUGGAGCCGGACCUAGUAUAUUGUCUCUUCAUUCGCAAGAAAUGAAGGAACUUAAGCAGACCCACGAGAUUAAAAUCAAUCGCCUGAAAGAGGCAUUCAAGGCUUCGUCACAGGAGUACAGGCAGGCCUGUUACCAACUUUUUGGCUGGAGAGUCGAUAGGACCAAAGAAGGUCGCUACAAAUUGUCAAGUCAAUAUGCCGAAUCCCCGGAUGACUUCCUGUUCUUCCACAUAGAUCAGGAAGGUGUCGACCUCAUGGAAACCGCAUUCUCAGCGACCCUUGGACCCUUCAUCGAGAGGCAUUUACAACGGCAGCAUAGCGUACCCAUGUUUCUCAAUGCCGUGCAAACCGAGCUAUUUACUCAACAGACAGUGACAGAGGUAGCAAGUUGAACAUAAACAUCGGUGCUACUGGUAGUCAGCCUUUGUCUAUUCAUGUUCCCUUGGAAAACUGACGUUGUAAUGUGAGACUGUCCAGAGAGGGUAAUUAUUGCGUUUAGAGGGUCCAGCUCCGAUGACCUUGACGUAUAUUUUCAAGGUCACCCUCCUGAGUAACCUCCAUAAGGCUUUAUCCGCCGCUCGUUGUUCGUUUGGCUGCUUCUCGUUGUUUAAUAUACAUCUAGAGACUCCUGUAUCACUGCAACUUGUUGCUAACUGGAUUCUAACUACUGACCUAACCUUAACUCACAUUAACACUAGGUUUACGGGCGUUUUUUAUAUACCUGUUUCUACGAGCACCCGUCAAAUUGAUGGGUAAACUUUGUCUAUUCAUGUUUCUUUGGAAAACUGACGUUGUAAUGUGAGACUGUCCAGAGAGGGUAAUUAUUGCGUUUAGAGGGUCCAGCUCCGAUGACCUUGACGUAUAUUUUCAAGGUCACCCUCCUGAGUAACCUCCAUAAGGCUUUAUCCGCCGCUCGUUGUUCGUUUGGCUGCUUCUCGUUGUUUAAUAUACAUCUAGAGACUCCUGUAUCACUGCAACUUGUUGCUAACUGGAUUCUAACUACUGACCUAACCUUAACUCACAUUAACACUAGGUUUACGGGCGUUUUUUAUAUACCUGUUUCUACGAGCACCCGUCAAAUUGAUGGGUAAACUUUGUCUAUUCAUGUUUCUUUGGAAAACUGACGUUGUAAUGUGAGACUGUCCAGAGAGGGUAAUUAUUGCGUUUAGAGGGUCCAGCUCCGAUGACCUUGACGUAUAUUUUCAAGGUCACCCUCCUGAGUAACCUCCAUAAGGCUUUAUCCGCCGCUCGUUGUUCGUUUGGCUGCUUCUCGUUGUUUAAUAUACAUCUAAAGACUCCUGUAUCACUGCAACUUGUUGCUAAUUGGAUUCUAACUAUCGACCUAACCUUAACCUACAUUAAGGGGGUAUUAUCGUCUAGAAGCUUGUUUUUGCAGUAAUUUUUUUGGAAUUAAUUUUGCGUAAACUAUCGAACCUACAGUGCCGGGGUUUUUGAUGCAUAUUAAGAGAUGUUUCAACUGGCAAGACAAAUUUUUAUGACAUUCUUUAUUGAAAUCUCUGACGUGUAGAUACUACGUUUUGAGUCUUUAAUUGUACACCCAGCGUCGAAAACCUAUGUCUGAUUCAUCGAGAUUACUUUAUUAAUAACUUUUUAACAAACAACGAGCGACGCAUAAAGUCUUAGGGCUGUAAAAUUGACGCUUCGUUUUUAAAUAAAAUUGUUUUUUCUUUGUGUCAACGUCAUAGAGUAUUUUAAAGUGAAGGCGUCGAUUUAUAUUUGGUAACAACAAUUCUAUUUUAUAUAUUAGUUUCUGUUUCGUUUUAACUGAUUAAUUAAAGAUGGAAUAGAAGCAAAUUCGAAAUUAUUAGUAUGAGUAAAGAUUAUUUGAAACAGUCAUUUAUUAAGUCUCCACCGUCGGAAUUUAAUCAACAUUGGAUUGGACGAAAGUAUGGUAUUAAGUAAAUAAACAUGCUGUUAAAUGUAUUUGCUGUGAAACGCUACCGAGUUUCCUCACCAGGUGGCGGAGACGUACCCACGGUCGGAUUUAUCCAAUUCGAUAUUAAACAAAUACCAAUUGUGGAGAUUUAGUAAUUGUUAUCAAAAUAUAGAGGAAAAUUUAAAUUUUAAAAUGGGGUAUAACACAAACAGGGAGAAGAUCAACUUCUUUUGGAGUAAAAUCGUCAAAUUUUCUGGACGGCCUGUAGGCAUAACAUAAUGAAAAAGAAAGAUUAUUUUAAACAGUCAUUUAUUAAGUCUCCACUGUCGGAAUUUAAUCAAUAUCGGAUUGGACGAAAGUAUGGCGUUAAGUAAAUAAACAUGCUGUUAAAUGUAUUUGCCGCGAAACGCUACCGAGUUUCCUCACCAGGUGGCGGAGACGUACCCACGGUCUGAUUUAUCCAAUUCAGUAUUGAAUAAGUAUUAACGGUGGAGAUUUAGUAAUUGUUAUAAAAAAAUAGAGGAAAAUUUAAGUUUUAAAAUGGGGUAUAAGACAAACAGGGAGAAGAGAAACUUCUUUUGGAGUCACAACGCCAAAUCUCAAGCAACAGAAACUGUAGCAACUUUCUGGACACCUUAAUAAUAAGGCUUACAUAGUCUCUGUCUUAUAUAAUUUGCAUUGAAAUAUUUAAUAAAAAUUGUAUACAUA